ACAGACUGCAGUCUCCCUGUGUUACCCCUUCAAGACAAACUUCCUUUCACAUACAAGUCUCGUCUGCCUUAAACAAUUGAAACACAAAUUCUUAUCCUUAUCGGUGAGUUAACCCGGUCGAAAUGCACGCCAAGACCGAUUCGGAGGGGACGAGUCUCGACACCUCAUGGCCGCUACGUUCUCCUCCGCGCAGGCCCAUGUACUACGUGCAGAGCCCAUCCAACCACGAUGUCGAAAAAAUGUCUUACGGGUCUAGCCCGACGGGUUCUCCGGCCCACCACUACUACCACUGCUCCCCGAUACACCAUUCUCGCGAGUCCUCCACGUCGCGUUUCUCCGCCUCGCUGAAGAACCCCAGGAGCCUCUCAGCGUACAAGCACGUUCAGAUUGAUCGCGAAGAUGACGACGACGAUAAUGAAAUGGACGGUGACGAUCGGGGUCCAAGCCGCAAUGUGAGGUUGGUUGUUUGUGGGGUUUUGGGGUUCGUUGUGCUGUUCACGACGUUCUCGUUGAUCUUGUGGGGCGCUAGCAAGUCUUACAACCCUAAAAUCAUCGUCAAGAACAUGGUGUUCGAGAAUUUUAACGUACAAGCGGGGAGCGAUGGGUCGGGAGUGCCAACGGAUAUGCUUUCGUUAAAUUCGACGGUCAAGAUUCACUACCGAAAUCCGGCGACAUUCUUCGCCGUACACGUCACCUCUUCUCCUUUUCAGCUUCACUAUUUCCAGCUUCUGGUCGCCUCCGGACAGAUGAAGAAGUUUACACAAUCAAGGAAGAGCCAGAGGACGGUGGUGACGGUAGUGCAAGGCCAUCAGGUGCCACUCUAUGGAGGGGUGUCGAUUCUGAAAACUGAUAGACAACACCUUGAUACAGCCACAUUGCCUCUGAAUCUGACAUUUGUGUUGAAAUCGAGGGCUUACAUACUUGGAAGACUGGUGAAGUCCAAGUUCUAUAGGCGAGUCAGAUGCCCAGUUACUCUAAAGGGUAACAAACUUGGCCAGCCCCUUACUUUGGGAGAUUCUUGUGACUACCGUUGAAUGAUCCCUGCUGCUUACGUGCCCUGAGAAAAAGAGUAUGUCUUCUUCUCUAUUCCUGAUUCAUUGUUACAUUUUGCUUCUUGAAUGUUAAUCGUUGUAAAAAUGAGAUCUUGGAUGAUGUAGGACUGAUAACGAUUUGGAGCAGAUUACAAGUGCUUCCUAGAUUACCUUAAUCAUUCUUAACAAAAUUAGUGCUUUUUUUCCUCUCCUUCAUUCUUGUGACUUCCUGGCAACUUCUCCUUGAUCUUCUCCAAGAAUCCAUGUUUGUCUUUUGCUUCCUCAUCUGAGGAAUGCACGUCUGCAGCUGCCGCACCGUCCUCUGCCUUGUUGUGCCGCCCUGGCAGCUUUUCUUUGAUUU